GGCGGUUCCGGGGUCUCCGGCACAUUUACCGGUUCUAGGGUUGAGUCCGGCCGAAGUUGAGGCAGCGGAGCUCAAGGUCUUUGCUGGUGUGAAAUGACCGAGUAUAAACUGGUGGUGGUCGGAGCUGGCGGUGUGGGGAAAAGCGCCUUGACCAUCCAGCUCAUCCAGAAUCACUUUGUAGACGAGUAUGAUCCUACGAUAGAGGACUCCUAUCGAAAGCAAGUAGUUAUUGAUGGUGAAACCUGUUUGUUGGACAUACUCGACACAGCUGGACAGGAAGAGUACAGUGCUAUGAGAGACCAGUAUAUGAGGACAGGCGAAGGCUUUCUCUGUGUGUUUGCCAUCAACAAUAGCAAAUCAUUUGCAGAUAUAAACCUCUACAGGGAACAAAUUAAACGAGUGAAAGACUCUGAUGAUGUGCCUAUGGUGCUGGUGGGAAAUAAGUGUGAUUUGCCAACAAGGACAGUUGACACAAAACAGGCUCAUGAACUAGCCAAGAGCUAUGGAAUUCCCUUCAUUGAAACCUCAGCCAAGACCAGACAGGGUGUUGAAGAUGCUUUUUACACACUGGUAAGAGAAAUACGACAGUACCGCAUGAAAAAACUGAACAGUAGCGACGACGGGACUCAAGGUUGUCUAGGUCUCUCGUGUGCAGUCAUGUAACCAACUGCACUGACACCCUGGUCCUGACUUACCUGGAGGAGAAGUAUUAAAUACUCAUCUUCAGUCUCCCUGUGAAGCCCCUUGCCACUUUCCCGGUGCCCAGUAGUAGAUCAGCACAGUGUUCUCUUGUCUGUUCUCUACCUGAGAAGUUCUCAGAACAACUACCUCCUCACUCGGUUGUCUGACCAGAGAAAUGCGCCUCUCCUUACCAGUAUGUCUUCUCCCUGGGCUUUUUCUCUCUGGGCUUUUUGUUGUUUUUUUUCUCUAGGUUUUUCAUUUGAAAAGAAAUUCAUGCUCUGAAACAGAGAACCAAACUGUCAAAAUACUGUUGAAAACAGUAUAUUGAGCUCCAGAGUACCAACCGCUAGUGAUUUUUCUUUUUCAAUGUUGAACUUGGACCUGUGUUGAUAUUUGGAGCAAUGUUAUGAAUAACUUUUGUUGAAGUCACUGUCUGGUUUUGUUUGUGAUGUUUUCUGCCACAUUUGCUAACUUGGCAUCUGCUCUUUCUAUCCCCAAUAUGAAAGCAUACUCCAAGCUCAGCUGUAGUACCUGUUGCUAAUAUUGAAUUUUAUGUCCACUCUGGUUUGCCUCUACUUUUAUGUGAUUAGAAACGCCUUUCCUAAUGAAGUGCCUUUUUCCUAGAAGUGAUUUGUAGAAUUUUCCUGUUUUAUUCUAUGAGGAAAUUAGUCAAAAGAGUUGGUCUCUCAAUUACACAUUAAGAUGAAUAUCAGAGAGUGUUUGGCCAGUCCACUUGUGAAGGAUGGACAGGCAGGCAUGUCUGAUAUCUGAUAUCUUCAUCAUCUCAGAUAUGUUGUGCCUGGUUUCCCAGUGACCUGUUUAUGGAAUCUACAGGGAGAAAUCUGAAACUAGAAAUAUUUAAGAAACUUUUUACUUACUCUCCACUUUUUUGGGCUCCUUCCCCCAUGUUAUUGCCUACAAAUUGUACAUGCAAUUUGUUAUUUGUAUUUCCUUUAGCUUUAUUCUUCUACAGAAGAUAAAAAAUUAGUCCUUAAGAAACAACCAGCCAUUAUAUGCUAAUUUGGACCAUUUGUUUAUAAUUGGAUAGGCCUUAUUAUAAUUUAGGUGAGACUUUCUUCAAAAGGUGCAACCAAUGAUCUUCAAGUGUUAAAUGCAAUAUAUUUAACAGAAUAAAUAGUAAGCAACUAAAUUUUAUUUUUAUCAUUUUCACUACGAAGGCUUUUAUUGACUGUUAUACACAUUAUUUGGGGGACAAGGUGUG